AUAGGGGCAGUAAAGUAUAUCUAACCCGGGAGAAUGGUCACAUAGAUCACUGUAUAAAGGUCUAUGACAAUAAAUAAUUUAGGGAAUUUUGGUGUUUCUUCAAAUGUAUUUUUAAACCGAAAGCAGUUGAGAGCAUUUUUACCUGGAUGCAAGGUGAAUUUCAAACGGUGCAGUUCGAAUUCCUACGUGGUGACUGCAGACUUUCAUAGCGUCAGACGCGCUGUGGAGUAUUAGAGGGGCUGUUUGAUAAUCUGCAGUCUUGUUUUUUUCUUACAAAUCAACCCCUUGAAGGAUAGAACACUUUUUAAUGAUAAAUAAAGGGAUCUUUUCAUAAAGCACAUUUUCGAGACUUUUUUUUGUAUUGCCUAAUGGAGGACGAAGAGGAUUUGGACAGACUGCGCUUGCUUUUUCACGCUUGUGAUGCGAAUAAUUCGGGGAGGAUAGAAAAAGAGGAGUUUUUCUCAGUUUGCUUAGAGUUGAAGGUUCAGCCCGCUGAGAUCGAGUCUAUUUUUGCCAAGCUGGACGUGGACAGGGACGGAUCAAUCGACUUUGAGGAGUUUGCUAACGGAUUUGAAGGAGUAUCAGACCUGAUCGACCUGGGAAGGAUGGAAAGCGAUAAUGAUGGUCACAACUUCAGACAGGCAUGGGAGGCAUUUCAGCAGAGACUUGGAGAAGAGGCUAAAUUCAUUCCGAGAAAUGAACAAGUUGCUACCUUGCACCAGAACAUCAACCUAACAGAACCCAGACUGGUGCAUCACUACGAGCGGGUUGUCAUGAACUUCAUUCGAGAAAUUAAGCUGCAAAACUCAGAAAUGGAGAAUCUGGCACUAGCUGUGAAAAGAGCCCAGGAUAAAGCAGCUAUGCAGCUGCGUGAAAUGGAGGAGGAAAUGGACCAGCGGAUACAGGCAUCUGAGAACAAAAUUAGACAAGAAGAAACCAGAAAAGCUGAAGCUGCUCUAGGUGACAUUAAGCGUCAGUAUGAUUCAGAAGUCUCUGAACUGCAGGUCAGAAUGAAGAAAAUGAAAAUGAUAGAAGAACAAUACAAACAUAUCAAUCUGAAGGAUGAAGUUGUUGGAUUAAAAAGGAAAAUCAAUGAGUUAACGCUGGAAAACCAGCAACUGAAAAGAGAACUCCUUGAGUCUCAAACAAACAUUGCAUUCCUUCAGAGUGAGCUGGAUUCUUUGAAAUGUGAAUACACAGAUCAGAGUAUGAACCUGGAACAGGAUAAAGCAAUGAUAAAAGAGUAUACAGACGAAAGAGAAAACCUUACCCGACAAAUAGAGAUACUUCAGUCAGCUAACAGGAAACUCCAUGACAGCAACGAUGGUCUAAGAAGUACACUGGAAAAUAGUUUAAGCAAAUACAAUAAAUCUCUGCGUGUUCAUAACACCUCCCCAGGAAAUACCAUUUCUCAAUCAAGUCUGAAGUUUAGUGGUCGACAGUCUCCAUUUUAUGAUAGGUUCUCUCAUUCUUCUUACAUGGAUGAGGACUGUGACAUGCUGGCGAUGUGUGACCCGAUGCAUAGUGUAAGCUGUGAGGUGGAGAGCCUAGCAGAGAGCUGCUUGGACAGUGGCCUCUCAACCCUGCGAGACUCCAACGACUACGACUCCGAGGUGGAGUUCAGGCUUCAAAAGAACUUCCGAAGGUCACACAAGAUGCCAGAGAACUUCGGGGGAUAUGCUUCUGAUACAGACGUGCCGGAGAUUCAUGAUGAAGUGGCUUACAGUUCUGACGGCAACAGUUCAGUGCUAGACUGGAAACCACCAACGCCGAUCAGCAGGAUAGGUUCUUCAGCUUCCGUCUCAACGCGAAAAUGCAUCUCCGCUAUAUCACCACAAGCAGACAAUAGAGAUAGCAAUUCUGAAUACCCUCAUUCUGAGAAAGCCUACAAGGUGGUCUUAGCUGGAGAUGCAGCCGUGGGCAAGUCCAGCUUCCUGCUGAGGCUUUGUAAAAAUGAGUUCCGUUUAAACACUAGUGCCACACUAGGUGUUGACUUUCAAAUGAAGACACUGGUUGUUGAUGGGGAACCUACAGUUUUACAGCUGUGGGAUACUGCGGGACAGGAAAGAUUUCGAAGUAUUGCAAAAUCCUAUUUCAGACGAGCGGAUGGAGUUUUAUUAUUGUAUGAUGUAACCUGUGAAAAAAGUCUCCAGAACAUACGAGAAUGGGUGGACAUGAUUGAGGACGUAUCCCAAGGUGAGAUCCCCAUCAUGCUAGUGGGAAACAAGGCAGAUCUGCGUAAGCAAGCCAUAGAGGAAGGAAUAAAGUGUAUCCCAACCAGCUAUGGAGAAAAGCUUGCAAUGGCCUACAAUGCCUUGUUUUGUGAAGCCAGUGCUAAAGACGGUUCAAAUGUUAUUGAAGCUGUGCUUCACCUGGCUCGCGAUGUGAAAAAGCGGAGCAACAAGGAAGAGGAUUUAGAAUCAGUAACCAACUUAUCAGGCGUGAAUAGCAAGAAACCAACAAACAUGAAGACAUGUUGCACAGUCUAAAAGAUAUCAAAUCAGGACUGCUGUUGGAAGAAGCUUUUUAAAAACAUAUUGACUAAGGGAUGAGUGCAGCAUCAUGAGGUUUCUUUGGGUCAGCAUCUACAUGAGGAUGGAACCUUGAAUGAGAGCCAUAAUCUGUCAGUUUCUGGAAACAUUAUUAAAACAUUAUUACUAUGACCUACCUACAGUAGCUAUGUACAUUUAAAAAUGCAAAAUGGACCGGUCCUCCAUAUAUCCCCUGAUUUUGAUACUCUCAAUAACUUGCUCAAAAAUAUCCUAACCAUCAAUUGCAUGAGCAAUUCACUAAUAUGUAAAAAAGUAUAACGAAUGUAGUCUGUCUAGAGUGAUAUGAAUUCACAGUGGGGUAUAAUAAAUGGAUCAGAUAUUUCUUUUAACCUGAUUGGUAAAUACGAGGGCUUUAAUCUCUGGUAAAGGACCUUGAAUGUUAUCUUUCAAACUAUGUUUAAUCACUGUUCCAAAUCAAUCCAUCAGAAAAAUAGUUUAAUACAGUAUUCGUGCAUUUUACCUUUUUCUGCUUCAUGAAAGACAAUGCCACCUCUUGUACAUGCCCUCUGAAUGUUCUCUGUCAAUGUACAUUAAGACAGCUUCCUCACUGCCCUAUGCACGCCAUCUGUCUAUUUAAAUUUAGUAU